AAAAAACGGGACACAUAGCUGCAACUCCAACUUUACCUGCUCGUCCAAGGAGAGGUCAAUAAAAACCGGAUGCGAAGUCAUAGUUAUGUUUUAUGUUACUGUAAAUGUGUUUCAAUUUAUUGAAUGAAAUCUGUUGAAAAUAACACGCACGCACACACUACUUCGGUCGAAAAGGAAAGAGCCAAAAGAGUGUUGCAAAAUUUUCGUUAUUCUAUCUACUUGCGGGCUGCAAGCAAGAGCGAGCUAAUGUCUGCUAAUAUACAGCACAAAACGGUUUAAAUAAAUUGUAAUUUCACAAAAGUAACAACAAAAGGGUGUUGAGAAACGUAACAUAGCUGCCAGAUUUUGUCCAUGUCACAACAAAGAGUGUUUGGAAACGUAACACAAUUUGUAUUCGCCGGCUUUAGAAGGAUAAGAUGGAUGAUUUCGACGAUGAUUCGUUUAAUGAUAUCUUGGGCUCCAUGGAAAUGCCCCCCACUUCACCUAAGAAGCCUAAGGUGGAGCCCAGUAGCAACCAGGCCCAAGCGGCCACGGCCAUCACAAUCGCCAAGCCGGCGUCAAAUCCUCAUAGCGUGCUUGUCCACAGCAAGCAACGAGGAAAUCCGAUUCUAAAGUCCAUAUUGAACGUACCCCUGGAGUUUCGAGACGAUAUUGUGCCCGAUUAUGUGGUGGGCCGCACUUCCUGCGUCCUUUUCCUAUCGCUCAAAUAUCACAAUCUGAAUCCAGAUUAUAUUUGUCAGCGCCUAAAGGCUCUGGGCAAGAUGUACGAGCUGAGAGUCCUGCUGGUGCAAGUGGACACGCCAGAGCCACACAACGCCCUUAAAAGCCUGACGCGGAUAUCUCUGCUAGCAGAUCUAACCAUGAUGCUGGCCUGGAAUGCAGAGGAGGCUGGCAAAAUAAUUGAAACCUACAAGCAGUUUGAGAAGCGUCCGCCGGACUUGAUCAUGGAACGUGUGGAAUCGAAUCCCCAUCAAAAGCUGGUGGCCGCUCUGACAAACAUCAAGCCCGUGAACAAAACUGAUGCCGUUACGCUCCUUCAGACUUUUGGUAAUCUGGGCAAUGUCAUCACUGCCAGUGAGGAGAGACUGUCACAGGUGAUGGGUCUGGGGCCACGUAAGGCCAAAAGGUUGUAUAAAACGCUGCAAGAGCCCUUUCUUAGCAAGUAGCACAUAUUUAAGAUUAUUUAUAGAGAGAUGUUAUGGCGGGGCCAGAGGCCAACGUCAUCUGUAAUUUAAAUACUUUUAUUUCUUAUGAAGAAGAAACUUUAUUUGUAUACAAU